AUGUCCCUGGCCCCCGCUGCCAGCGCAUUCACGCCUGCAACGCCUGCGACUGGGACGGGCACGACGAAGGCGACCAUUGUGGUGGUGCUGCUGGCGAUGACGACGGCGGCGCUGGGGUUCUUCCGGCGGUCCUCGAAGGGCUCUGCCUCCCAGGCGGCGAAAGAGAAGAAGGGGAAGGAGCGGGCGAACGGACACGGGAAGGCGACUGGGACGGCCGAAGAGGACAGGGAGGAGCUGAGAGCGGCGCAGGCCAGAGUGGCCGCGCUCGAGAGCCAGUGUCAGGCCUGGCGGGAAAGGGCAGAGGAGGGUGAGCGGGAGCGGGAGCGAUUGACGCUCGUUGUCCAGGAAAGAGACGCACGGGAGGAAGAUGCGGCCCAGCGGCUGGAGGCGGCGGAGGCGCGGCUAGAGAGUGCAGUGGAUGCCGCACAGCGGCGGGAGGUGGAGCAACAGCGGGCGAUGGAGAGUCUGAAGGCCGAGCAGGCCGCACUUAACGAACAAUUGCAGGAUCUGCUGGCCACCAACGCGCAGAUUUCUCAGGACCACAACGACGCCCUGCAGCUGUUGGACGCCGCACGUGCCCGCCUCCCGCCCGACGACAGGCUCACCGACCACGCCGUCCUCGUGCUCGUGCAGGCGCUCAACACCGAGCUCGCCGAGGCCGCCGCGUUCUUCGCCGACGCGUUCGAGUUCGAGGACAAGGCGCACGCCCCGCCCGUCGACUACACCACGCCCGAGCUCGCCGACGUGCUCGAGCGCGCCACGGAGAUCCUCGGGGCCGAGAUGGUCGCCGCGCUCCGGUCCGCGUCGCACCACGCCGACGCGCGCCGCGUCCGGCACGCGGUGCAGGGCGGGCUCGCCGAGUACGCGCGCUGGAUGAGCGCCGCGUGGUUCUUCGCGGACCCCGACGACGAGCAGCUCCUCGCGGACAUCUACCAGCGCAUCCGCGCGACGCCCGCGCUCUCCCAGGCCGCCGCCGGCCGCUGGCGCGCGCUCACCCACGCGCACGUGCAGGCGCUCGUCCUCGGCCCGGGGCCAGGGCCGGGGCCCGCCGCGGAGCCCGCGCCCGCGCUCGGCGCGUACUUCGUCGACGCGCUCGUGAACGUGCUCCUCGCGGCGGGCUUCCGCAGCUCGCCCGCGGCGCUGCACGCGCUCGUCGGCGACCGGCCCGAGUUCGGCGCGCGGAUCGCGCGGCUGGUAAGCCUGGCCCGCGGGCUGAACCGCGCGGUCGGCGCGGAGGUCGCGGCGUGCGAGCUGCGCACGCUCGCGGCGCUGCCGGGCGGGCCGUUCGACGGCGCGACGAUGGUUGCCGAGAGCGAGGAAGAGGCGGGGGGAGAGGGAGGGGACGGAGACGGAGACGGGGACGCGGCGCUGGUGCUGUGCACGUGUGCGCUCGGCCUCGUGCGCCUGGAUAAGGUCCCGGGGACGGGCACGUGGACGCGCACGGUCCUGCUCAGGUCGCGCGUCCUGCUCGAGCCGGGGGAGCGGACGCCGACGACGGCGAGCGCGGUGCGCGCGGCGUGA